AUGGACCAAGAGGACGAGAUUCUGAGCCAGUGGCAGGCAGCUCAGCACCAGUUCCCAGAGGAGACUGAGGGGUCGAUGAGCGUCUUGGACAUGUCUCCAUCUCCCAGAAGCAGUGGAGGGCACACUUCUUGGGACCACGGUCCAUCAGGCCUUCAACACAUUCUUCAGUGUCCACAGCCGGAGAGGAUCCCCUUGGUUUCUGCUGAGGCUCCCAAGCAGAAUGAGAAUGAAAUGGGCCCACCGUUCAGUGCGUGGCUGCCUGAGCAUGAUGUGAACUACUGCCCCCAAGUGACUCUCCCGCCCUCCCAACUGAUUUCUUGUCAGGGACUGUCUCCCUCUGAACCAGGAAUGACGAUUUUUGAGGGGCCCCAGGUGAUGUCCAUAGGAGAGCCCAGUCUUACAGGGAUGGCCAUGACCUUCAGUGAGAAUCUAAGGGUGCCCUCCAAUGGGCUGGCAGACAUGGGUCCCAGUGGAAUCCCACUGAUGUCCCACAUUGGUGUUCCAACAGUGCCCUAUUCAUGCCACCCAACACCACCUAACAGAGACUCUUCGACACCUAAAAUGUUAUUGGCCCCAACCAUGCCUUCUGCUGAGGACCAGGCAGUGCUCCCCUCUUUGGCUCAGAUGUUGCCCUCUAGGGGGCCCCCAAAUUGUCACAUGCCCCCAGCUGAGUCCCCAUCACUGCUGGCUUUCGAGUCCCAGGACUCUUUUGUUAGCCGGCCAGCUACUCAGGAAGACCCUUUCCUGCCUGAGCAGCCCAUACCUGCUCCACAAAGAGCAGAGCAGAAUUGCAGGGCCCAGGACGGGGCUCCCAGGAGGAGACCCGCAGUUGCAAGGCCUUACUGCUGCCAGUAUGAGGACUGUGGAAAAGCUUACACUAAGCGCUCCCACCUCGUGAGUCACCAACGCAAGCACACAGGUGAGAGGCCCUAUAAAUGUAUGUGGGAAGGCUGUGCAUGGUCUUUCUUCCGUUCCGAUGAGCUUGGACGACAUAUGCGGAUACACACCAAAUACAGACCGCAUACGUGUGCUCAGUGUGGCCGACAGUUCAUGAGAUCUGACCAUCUCAGGCAACACCAACGGAUUCAUCUGCGGAUGCCAGGAUCCCCCAGUCCACAGGCCAACGAGGGACAGAUGGCUGGUCCUCCUGCUUCUGGUGUUUAG